AUGACGGAUUACAUGGCUCAAAUGCUUAAUGAGCUCAUGGGAUCGCAGCGAGACGCGCUCCCCGGCGAGGUUUGUUCGUAAAAUCUAGGAAAAUCGUAAAAAUGCGAAAUUUUCAGAGAAGAGAAGUUCGCUACGAUGAUCCGAACGUUUGCACCGAUUUCUUGGUGGCUUUUUGUACACACGACAUAUUUCGAAACACGAAGAACGAUUUGGGAUUCUGUAAAUACGUAAGCUUUCGCAAACUUUCGCUAAACUCCAAAAUUUCCAAAUUUCAGACAACACACGACGAGAGCAUGAAAAAUUCGUAUCAAAACUCGGACAAGAAGGGCCGAAUGGGCUUUGAGAAUCGAUUUUUCGAGCGAAUUCGUCGAAUCCACGAAGAUGUGCGGCGCAAAAUUCAGAAACACGAGGAUCGGCUUCAGGUCACUCAGGGAGACUCAAAAGUAGCCGAGGAGACGUUCGAGAAGAAGUUGGCCGGAAUCGAGGACCGCAAGACGGUUUUGACGAAGAAAAUCGAGGAUCUGAUGGUGGAGGCCGAGUUGGAGGGCGAAAAAGGAAAUGUGCAGGCGGCGCAGACAGCCGUGGACCGGGCCGAUAAAGCGAAAAUGGAGAGAGAGGAGCUGAACGAGGAAGAGGAGAAACUCAAGGUAGGAAAAUGUGAAAUUAAUCGCUUUUGACCAAAAAAAUCAAGAAAAAAGUGUUUUGUUCAGAGCGAGAAGGAGCGCGCGAUGAACAUGGAGGAGAACGUGACGGCAGGAAACCGUCAGAUGCAAGUGUGCCAGAUCUGCGGUUGCUUCAUGCUCCAAAACGAUGCUCCGCAACGCGUCGACGACCAUUUGACGGGAAAACUGCACAUUGCCUACCAGCUCAUCGCGGACACCAUCAAAUCGAUGGAACUGGAGCAAGAGGAGAAGAAGAAACAGCGAUUCGAGGAGGCGAAAGAGCGAAAUGCGAAGAGAUUCGAGCCGAAGAGACGGAGCCGGAGCAGGAGCAGGUCGAGGGACCGCCGGGAGCACAAAGAGCACCAUAGGGACCGGGAACGGGACCGGAAGGAGCACCGGGAGCACAAGGAUCAUCGGCAUCGUGAUGAUCGGAAGGAUCGGAAGGAUAGGGAUAGGGACAGGGAUAGACAUCGAUCCGAGAAAGAGAGAAGGGUACGAACGCUCUUUUUGCCAUAAUUAGACACGUUUUCAAUUUAAAUGUUUUUUUUUUCAUUUUAUUUCAGCGUCACUAG